CUGCGGUGGUGUGGUGGUUGAGGUGCAUGGGAAAUGGUAGUUGGGUGGGGAAGGAGUCUCGCGAGGGAGGAGUGAGGUGGUUUUCGUUUGUCGUGGUUCCUGAGUGGCGCAGUCUGGUUGCGAGAGGUGUUUUUUUUUUUUACGAUUGACUCGGCCAGGUUUUUGACUGUGCGUGUUGGUAGUGGGAUUGGUGAGUGGAGUUGAGCGUGCUGCUGGUUCGAGGUUUUGGUGUCCAAGGUGGUGAGGUUGCGUACAAGUUCGCGCCGUGGCGGGAAUUAGGAGGUUUGGCGUGUGCAAGUUGCUUGCGUAUUCUGAGCUGCCGUGGAUCGUUAGUCAGAGAGGGGAGGUUCUUGAUUAUCGCGCUAGCAAUGAGGUCUUAGUGUGGAUCUUCGUUGAUGAUAUUUUUUCAUGGAUGGGGAGUCGCAAGGUUUACUGAUGUUUGCUUUCUGGCUCGUCGCAAUUGGACAUUGGCUUGUUGAACUCAGGCUGGCAGAAGCAGACCAGGGCUUGGUUUUCGUUAAUAGCGCCAACGACGAUAGUGAAGGGUUAAUGAAGAGGCAGUUUCCCAACUUAAGCGCUGUAGGACAUCUCUAGCUCAUGCUGAAGAGCGUGGAACAGGGCGGCAACAGAGGGGAUCCGAGCUAUACCAAAUGUUCAUACGGAAAUAGGGACUAGCGUAGCAUUUUUGGGGGGGGGAUUGUAGGGAGAAAAGGUUUCAUAGGAGCUGGGGAAGACCUCAACAGUUGAAGGAUUGUAUUACAUCUAAAAUUUUGUAGGUAAUAAGGAGGUGACAGGUAACAAUCAGGACCUGGAGUGCAUGUAUUCUUGCGCCAGGAGCGUUCUGAAAUUGGGAAUGGAGCAUUUUUCAAGAGUGGUGAGGUAUCGUCGUUUUAUCAAGGAUAAAAUACUGGGAUUCUGUGUCGUGGGCCAUUGAAAAUUUUGUCUACCAACUCUAUCUCUUCCUCGUGACUUAUUCCUCCGGAAACCAAGGAGCAGCAUCUAGCCAUGUAUUCUCAUGUCCCGAUGAGGGGUUCGGGCUUCGCUUCUUCAACAAUAGUCCAAGGUAGAACAUUCCUCAGCUCUUCUGCCACAUCGACGUACAGAAUGACGACCCCCCCCCGUACACAAAGUUUUAGAUGCGAGAAAAGAAUCAACUCUGAGCUGUGGCACGCAUGUGCGGGACCAUUGGUUUCACUUCCUCCUGUGGGUAGCCAAGUGGUUUACUUCCCACAAGGUCACUCUGAGCAGGUUGCAGUGUCAACUCAAAAGGAAGCUGACAUUCAUAUUCCAAACUACCCAAACCUUCGACCACACCUCAUCUGUACACUUGAAAAUGUCACCCUUCAUGCGGAUCUUGAAACGGACGAUGUUUAUGCACAGAUGGUUCUUAUUCCAACGCAAGAUCCCGAAAAAGAAACGAUGCUGCUACCAGAUGUAGUUGUGCAAAAUAAGCAACCGACUGAGUACUUUUGCAAGACGCUAACUGCCAGCGAUACUAGUACCCAUGGUGGCUUUUCAAUACCUCGGCGUGCUGCUGAGAAAGUUUUUCCCACUCUGGACUAUACACAGCAGCCUCCUGCACAGGAGCUUGUAGCUCGGGACCUUCAUGACCAGGAUUGGCAUUUCCGGCACAUUUAUAGAGGGCAGCCUCGGAGGCAUCUUCUUACUACUGGGUGGAGCAUUUUUAUUAGUGCAAAGAGAUUACAAGCAGGUGAUGCUGUUUUGUUCAUCAGGGACGACAAGGGUCAACUUUUGUUGGGCAUAAGGCGUGCUAAUAGGCUACAGACAAUUAUGCCAUCAUCAGUGCUUUCUAGUGAUAGUAUGCACAUUGGGAUACUCGCUGCUGCAAGUCAUGCUGCUCAAACAAGUAGUCGUUUUACGAUUUUCUACAAUCCAAGGCAAAGUCCCUCCGAGUUUGUUAUUCCUUCAGCCAAGUACCAGAAGGCUGUGUAUUCCACACAAAUUACAGUGGGGAUGCGAUUUCGCAUGAUGUUUGAAACUGAAGAGUCUACUGUGCGACGGUACAUGGGAACAGUCACUGGGAUUGGAGAUCUUGAUCCUGUUAGAUGGCCAAACUCACAUUGGCGAUCGCUGAAGGUUGGUUGGGAUGAAUCCACAGCUGGUGAGAGGCAGCGAAGAGUCUCACUUUGGGAAAUCGAACCUCUUACCACACCUUUCCUAAUUUGCCCACCUCCAAUCGUAUUGAGAUCCAAGCGUGCACGUGGGAUUCAUGGUGAGGAUGAAGAUCUCGAGACAUUGAUGAAGAAGUCGCCGAUGUGGCCCUCUCUUGGUUUCGGAACGGACUCUCCCUGGAUGGGAAUAUUACCACAGAGACCCGGACAUGGUGUUACCUCAUCUCUAAAUGAGUAUAACCGUACACUUGCUGUAGCCGCCUCGCAGGAAUUUCGAGAACCUUCUAAGCAAGUGGUAACGGAAUCUAUGUCCAAUCCGCAAAAUCUGUAUCGCCAGCAGCAGUUACAAACUCAACAACACAGUCAUCGGAACCCGCAGUCGAUAGCACAAAUAAACGAUGUACCAGGCCCACUGCUGCAAUUGUCGACUUCUCAAGCAUCCAUUGAUUUGGGAAGCUCCGUCAGGCCGAUUUCCAGCUACUCAGAUUCGGAGAUAUAUGUUUCAUCGCCAUCUCCAAGGCCCUUCUCAACUCAAGCAAUGAUGAGUAGAAUCCCAGGCAAUGUUCCAGUGAGCUCUGCUGAUGGAAAUCAGUUUCCCAGCUUGAUGCGUACCAAUCAAAAUGGUCUUCCGCUUUAUGGUUCAGUCACAGGGAACCACCAGGUUUCUUCCUCAUGGUUACCAACCUUGCAAAAUCAAAGUCAAGCGGAGCCUCAGUCGGCAUCUCCAAGGUUUCACCGAGCGGAGGCGUCCAUUGGUGGUGGGGUUCCUGGUUUAUAUGGUCCUAUCCAACAUGGAGAAGCAGGUGAUGCUGGAAUCUUGCCAAAUGAAGCCUUAGAUGAGAAUAUUAUGUUGCAACGGAAUGUGGGUUGGCCAGCUGUGGCGACUGCACCACCUGUGCGGUCAUUCACCAAGGUUCAUAAACUUGGAUCAGUGGGGAGAUCAUUGGACAUAAAUAAAUUCUCAAAUUAUGUUGAGCUUCGAAAGGAGCUUGCUCACAUGUUUCACUUGGAGUGUCUUAUGGAGGAUUCUCAACAGUCGAGUUGGAAAAUUGUGUUUGUUGAUAAUGAGAAUGACACUCUUCUCCUUGGUGACGAGCCUUGGGAGGAGUUUGUGAGUUGUGUCCGCUCUAUCAAAAUUCUGUCACCUGCGGAAGUGGCUCAGAUGAAUCAGCACGUGUUAGCUGCUGUGUCAGGACAGCAUCUAAGGCCAUCAAACAGCAAUUCGGAAGAUACUCCGAGUUCCCAAGCUGGUGUGGGGGUCGUGGACCACUGAGUCAGUUCGUCCGACAAUGCGAGAUGAAAAGAGACUGAAGUUAAUUCAUUCCUGAUGCCUUACAAUGGCUGAGCAUUUUCGGAUGCUGGCUGGUCAAAAGAAUUGACCAGCAGUGUACUGCAAGCUCCGAAUUUGUAUCGGAAUGUCUUUGUAACAGUGGGAAUACAGCAGCAGCUGGUCAUUUCUUCAAUGGACGAGAAACUGCUAAGGCCACAGCAGCAAUAGAAGCCCCGAGCGGCUGAAUGGAGUCCCAUUUUGCGUUGGGUUGGAACUGCAGGCUUUAAGGCGUCAUGGUGAAAGACUAAUACAUCUGAAAGGAGCUUGCUGUUGCUAUAUCUUUUGAGCAGAUACAAAGGAUCACAUUAUAUGGUGAAUAGAGUUGAUCCCUCCGUGUUAUCUCGUUGCUGCGAGCCUGGAGAAUCCAGUCUUAGUCGCCAAGAGUUGUGACGACUAAAGACCGACAAGUAACAACUACCAGUGUGCAUGCAGAAUGCUGCAUGCGUGCUUACAAUAAACUUCACUAACAAGAUUUUGAAAAGAGCUUUAAAUGAAUCCUGAGCUCUGAUUUUGUGUAAGAGCACGGAGUUCAGUUUGGCUCUUGCGGAAGCUAUUCUUUUCUGGGUUCCCUGCUAGAAUCCCAAGACCCUUUAUGGGCGUCUUUUACUUUUUCCCGAGUAUAUUGAGGCUCUGGUUUAUGCCAUACUCUAUAGCCUGUAAAGACCUUCACUGCCGUUCUGCGUUUUUUAGCUGAAGGAACUGGUUGACUUAAGUAAUCCUGAGUACAUUGGUUGUCCUUCAUUACGAGAGUUCAGGUACUGAAACUUCACUUCCUUGUCUGUUGGCUCGUAACACAGACCACCACGAUUAGGAUGUUUUUCUCCAAAUUAUUACAUCUAAGGUCUACUGUCUUCUGUGCAGGGCCUAGAACAGCGUGAAUAAUAUAUGUAUUCUUGUACAUUCAAAAGUUUUGGACGUUGAGGGUUGCAGACAAUCUUGAAGUUUUUCCGAUGUAGUUUUCCUAUUCGUUCAGCUGAUCUCAAAGCUUCAAUAAGUUCUGUGAAUCUUUCAGUUUUUUAAGUUUCUAUUUUUACAUA